AUGGCCCUCGCCCGGCUGCUGCUGCUGCUGCUGCUGCUGCUGCUGCUGCUGCUGCUGCUGGGGGUGGUGAUGGCGAUGGCAUCGGGAUCUGGCGAGGAGGACACCAAGGUGAUGUGCGCCGGCAACGCCUGCUACACCUUUCACCGGGCCGAAGUGGGCUGGCACGGCGCCCAGGAGCGCUGCCACCUCAACGGUGGCAACCUGGCUCCCGUACGCAGCCCCAGCGAGGCCGAGCAGCUGCGGCAGCUGCUGGCGGCGGGCGGCUGGCCGGGCCCGGCGUGGAUCGGGCUGUCGCUGGCUCGGGGCCACUGCGUGCAGCCACAGGAGCCUCUGCGGGGCUUCGGCUGGGCGGCCGGCGGGGAGCCCGGCGACUACUCGGCGUGGCUGGCCGAGCCUGCCUUCACCUGCGUCAGCGCCCGCUGCGCCAGCCUGCGCACGGCCGCGCCGUCGGGCCCCGCGGGCUGGGCCGACCGCCCCUGCCGGGCCCCGCUCGGCGCUUUCCUCUGCAAGUUCAGCUUCCGGGGCAUGUGCGGGCCCCUGCCGCUGGCCGGACCCGCUCGGGUCAGCUACACCACCCCCUUCGGGGUUCGCAGCCCCCGGCUGGCGGUGGCGCCCUUCGGCACGCUGGCGGAGGUGGUCUGCGAGGGGGGCCCGACGCCCGUCUUCGUCCUCUGCAAGGGGCCUUUGGAGGGAGGCGGUUUCGCCUGGUACCCCUCUGGACCCCUCUGCCCCGUCGCCUGUUCCCACCGCAACGGAGGCUGCCAGCACCGCUGCGUGGAGGUGCCAGGGGAGCCGGCGCGGUGCGCCUGCCACGCCGGCUACUUCUUGGCCGAUGACAUGGCCUCCUGCUUGCCCGAGGACGCCUGCCACCCCAACCCCUGCCAGGGCACCUGCCUGACCCGGCCUGGUGGCUUCGACUGCGUCUGCGAGGCCGGCUACACCCUGGCACCCGACGGCCGACGCUGCCUGGAUGUGGAUGAGUGCCUGGAUGAGCCUUGCCAGCAUGAGUGCCACAACACGGCCGGCAGCUUUGUCUGCCUCUGCCGGCCUGGCUACCGGCCAGCGGGACCGGGUGGCCGCCACUGCCACGAUGAGGAUGAGUGUGCGCAGCCUGGCAUCUGCCCCCAGCUCUGCCUCAACAUCCCUGGCUCCUUCCACUGCACUUGCUUGCCCGGCUACCAGCGCCAGCCCGAGAGUGGCGAUGCCUGCCUGGACGUGGACGAAUGCCUGCGGAAUCCCUGCCCUGGGCACUGCCGCAACCUGCCUGGCAGCUUCGAGUGCCUUUGCCCACCCGGCUUCGUCCCAGAGGAGGACGGACGUGUCUGCCGUGCCGCACCCACCGACGGAGGCAAGCCCACAGGGGCUACCAACAGCACCCCACGGACCACAGGCGUCCCGCGAACCACGAGCAUCCUCCAGACCAUGGUCACCCCACGGACCACGGGGGCCCCAUGGAGCACGAGCAUCCUCCAGACCUUGGGCACCCCCAUCGGGGUGACGCCGCCGCCAGCCCCCACGGCUGUAGGGUCAGCGCCUGGCAUGGAGCACGGCAGCGAUGGCCCCAGGCUGCUCCUCUACUACAUCUUGGGCAGCCUGGUAGCCAUCCUGCUGCUGCUGGCCUUCGCCCUGGCCCUCGUGGCUUGCAGGAGGAGGGCAGCCAAGCAGGAGAAGCGAGCGGCCAAGGCCAAAAACGCGGCGGAUAACUACUGCUGGGUGCCCGAGCAGGCGGAGAACCGUGGGGCGGGCGGCGAGCGCAGGUAA